AUGCCAGACAGUCGAAAAAUACUAGCGGAAAAGUGGAUAAACGAGCAGCGUCAUAUUGCUCUUAACGGGCAAUAUGACAACUGCCCAGACGAAAACAAGAAAACGUCUGCCCCGAACAAGGUAUUCGCUGCCGAGCAGUCCCGUAAAAGAACGUCAACGCGCGCGACGCUUAAAAAGUCUUUACGAAAACCAGACUCUGAGAACACUGGCACACGCUUACGUUUACAAGCGCCUGGGUCGAGUAUAAUGAACAAAUUUCGGUCACCGGUGGUAACCAGCGAGAGGAUUACUUUGAAAAGAAACGCUGACAAGGGAAUGUUUGGAUUGUUCAAAGCAUCAAAUGCUGUUAAAAUAAGUAAAAAAGUGGCAAAUCACAUUGCAAAGAGGAAAGCAGAAAGCAGUAACGGGGACGUUGAAACGGGCAGUUCUGAUGAGAGUGAUCACAUCUAUGUCGUUAAAGCCAUAAAAAAGAAAGCGCGCAAGACUGUUGAUACGAAUGAAAACGGACAGCAUGCAAAAGCGCAUAACAAAGACCGUGAUGACGAUAGUUUUGAAAUUCAAAAUGUAAAUGGCGAAUCAGCAGGUGUCAACGCGCAUUCUAAUUCCAACGUCCCCUCGCCGCUGUGCUCACCGUCCAACUCUACCAUUGGCGAUUCAUGUGCCGACAUGGAUCUGCACAUGCAGUGGAAAAACUUCAAGUCACGUUCAGCGGACAAGGGAAAAGUCACAAACAAGAGCGUGUUGUUUAGUCGCUUUUUUGACAGGGUCAAUCAGAAACGGGAAAAGACGUGUUGCGAUGAUACGAAAAAUAACAAGAGUAAUGGUAAAAAUAAGAACGAGUACGUAAUCGAUAACGAACAGCAAGGCAAAUGUGGCGAGAUGCACGAACAAGAAGGUGUGAAUAAAGCCGUACAAGAAGAGGUUCUAAGCAUACCCAAACAGACAAAAACUAUCGAGGAUACACGUAAUUACGCAAACACAGCAGCAAACGAGUUUGAAAAGUUGCCCGAUGAGGCUUUCAACAGUAAUGAUGUUGGCUACAAUGGAUAUAAUUCCGCACAGGAUUUUCAAAGUAGAUAUUUUUCUUGGACUAAUGCUGGCGAAUUCAAUACGGGGGGUCUGGAUGAAAAUGAAAUUAAAAACUCGCGUGCAUGUAGACAGCCUCAAUCCAAAAGUCGUCUAUUUGACUGGUGGAAAGAGGAUCAAAAAAAGUCUCCAGUAAUCGGUUCGUCCUCGUUGAUGUUACCAGAUUACUCCAAUCAGGUUCAUUCUAAUAACGAUAACAGAUCAUCAACCGUUCCUCAAUACACUGCUUCCCAGGAAAAUUUGCGACAGCCAACAUCAUUGUUUUCUGACUUUCAGUUAUAUAACGAUUCCUCGUAUCCAAAUUAUGGAGGCUUUUUUGACCAGUUUCGUGACUCGUCCAAUUCAUACAAAUGGUUAUAA